AUGGCCAACAUCAACUGGCGGACCAUCAACAUCGACGCCUUGGACCCCGACAGCCCCGCCAACUUCGACCUAAGCUCCCUCGCUCCCGCCGUUGCGCCUGUCUCGACGGCCGAUGUCCAGACCAACGCCCAGUCAAUACGGCAACUGCUACGGGGUGGUGACAAUGAGGGCGCCCUUCAGAGUGCCUUAGAGAACCCCCCAUAUGGCGCAGACGACAAGGGAAAG